CUCCUCCUCCUCUUCCUCCUCAGCCGCCACUCUCAUUUAACGCUUACCAGCCAGCUUGUGCUCGUCUAACUGAAAUGACACUUCCUCUUGUCUCACCAGCUAAGCUACUGAAGCUAUAAGAGAAAGAAAGCGAGCAAAGAGUGGAUAUAAACGAGUGGCUGCACCUGAAGUUAAAAAAAUAACCAGCGUCGCCUGGUUUCGACGCCUUUUCUGCUUGUUGUUUGAACGCCACUCCACUCAGGAGGCUGUGAGACCAGCAUCAGCUCUCGUUGGGGGGUUAUAAGUGCGUAGGUUUGCUUUCUAAAGAGCCAAGUGUUGGUAAUGCUUGCACCUGCUUAAAAAAAAAAAUCUACGCUGCAAUUUGGAUACUUACGCAGACGGGGAAGACGCUUUGCUGUGUUGGUUUGUUCCUCAGGGGGUGCAGCAUUAUUUCAGUCAUGAGAAGAAACGGCAAGAAGUCAACUCUGGACUUAAACUAAAGAGAGAAAGAGAAGGAGACAGAGGCUAGUCCCACACCCCAUUUACACAUUUCCUACAGGUCUAGCUGGCCAAUGCCGGGGCCGUCGUGGACAUCUGGUGGCGGCAGCAGCAGUAGUGUGUAUGUGAGCGUCGUCCCCGGCGCCUAGCUCAUGUCCAGCCCAUAAUGCCGUCAUCCACACGGAAAGGAGUGCCGAAGGACCCCGAGCUGGCCGACCUCUUCUUCAAAGAUGACCCCGAAGACGUCUUCUGUGACCUGCACGAGAUCGGACAUGGCAGCUUUGGGGCCGUCUACUUUGCACGUAACUCCUACUCUAACGAGGUGGUGGCCAUCAAAAAGAUGUCCUAUAAUGGCAAGCAGACUACCGAAAAGUGGCAGGACAUCAUUAAGGAGGUCAAGUUUUUGGGACAGCUGCGACACCCAAACACGAUCGAGUACAAAGGCUGCUACUUGAAAGACAACACUGCCUGGCUGGUGAUGGAGUACUGCCUGGGCUCCGCGUCAGAUUUACUAGAGGUUCAUAAGAAACCACUGCAAGAGAUGGAAAUUGCUGCCAUUACCCAUGGUGCCUUGCUAGGACUGGCUUACCUACAUUCCCAUAAUAUGAUUCACAGAGAUGUGAAAGCUGGUAACAUCCUGCUGACUGAGCUGGGUCAGGUCAAACUGGCCGACUUUGGCUCUGCCUCCAUUGCCUCACCUGCCAAUUCCUUCGUGGGAACACCUUAUUGGAUGGCCCCCGAAGUGAUCCUAGCCAUGGACGAGGGCCAGUACGAGGGGAAAGUGGACAUCUGGUCCCUGGGGAUCACCUGUAUUGAACUGGCGGAGCGCAAACCACCCUUGUUCAACAUGAACGCCAUGAGUGCCUUAUACCACAUCGCACAGAACGACUCUCCCACGCUACAGUCCAAUGAGUGGUCUGACCCCUUCCGGAGCUUUGUCGACUACUGCCUACUGAAAAUUCCUCAGGACAGACCCUCGUCAGGGGAGCUGCUACGACAUGAUUUUGUGCGUCGGGAGCGGUCGCAGCGUAUUCUCAUCGACCUCAUCCAGAGGACCAAGGACGCGGUGCGAGAGCUGGACAACCUGCAGUACCGCAAGAUGAAGAAGAUCCUCUACCAGGAGAAACACAACGGACCCAUGGGAGAGAGCCAGGAGGAGGAGGAGGACAGCGAGGCAGCCAGCUGUAAGAUGAACAGCCUGGGCAGCAACCACUCCAUCCCCAGCACCUCGGUCAGCACGGGCAGCCAGAGCAGCAGCGUCAACAGCAUCCAGGAGGUCCCCGACGACAGCUGCUCCGACAUGACCAUGAUGCACCCGCCGGACUACAGCAGCACCCUGGAGUCCUCCCCACACACCAAGAAGGACCACCAGUACAACUGGGACGAUGGGAUCCACAGAGACCACCGGCAAGGCCUGAGGCCGUCUUCUUCUGACAAGAGCAGCCAGGCCCAGAACUACAAGAACCAGGGACGCUUCGCCACAAUAAAAUCAGCCUCACUGGUGACCAAGCAGAUCCACGAGCAUGAGCAGGAGAGCGAGCUGCGGGAGCAGAUGUCGGGCUACAAGCGCAUGCGGCGGCAGCACCAGAAACAGCUGAUCGCCCUGGAGAACAAGCUGAAGGCCGAGAUGGACGAGCACCGGCUCAAGCUGCAGAAGGAGGUGGAGACGCAGGCCAACAACGCCUACAUCGAGCUGGAGAAGCUGGCAAAGCGCCACGCCGUGCAUUCUGAGAAGGAGAUGAAGACGGCGUUGGCGGAUGAGAAGAAGUUCCAGCAGCAGAUCGUGGCGCAGCAGAAGAAGGAGCUCACCACCUUCCUGGAUAAUCAAAAGAAGCAGUACAAACUCUGCAAGGAGAAGAUUAAGGAGGAGAUGAACGAGGACCACAGCACACCCAAGAAGGAGAAGCAGGAGCGCCUGUCCAAGCACAAAGAGAACAUGCAGCAUUCCCAGGCCGAGGAGGAGGCGCACCUCCUCUCCAACCAGAGAGUUUUCUACGACAGGAACUGCCGCGCCUUCAAGCGCAAAGUCAUGAUCAAGAGGCACGACCUGGAGCAGGAACAGAUCCGAGAGGAGCUGAACAAGAAGAAGACCCAGAAAGAGAUGGAGCACGCCAUGCUGAUCCGCCACGACGAGUCCAUGCAGGAGCUGGAGCACAGGCAGCUGAAGACCCUGCAGAAGCUGCGUAUGGACCUGAUCCGCCUGCAGCACCAGACGGAACUGGAGAACCAGAUCGAGUACAACAACCGGCGCGAGCGCGAACUCCACCGCAAGCACGUGCUGGAGCUCCGGCAGCAGCCCAAGAACCUCAAAGCUUUGGAGCUGCAGAUCAAGAAGCAGUUCCAGGACACAUGUAAGGUGCAGACCAAGCAGUACAAGGCCCUGCGCCACCACCAGAUGGAAGUUACGCCCAAGGCCGAGCACAAGACGGUGCUCAAGGCCCUGAAGGACGAGCAGACACGCAAGCUGGCCAUCCUGGCUGAGCAAUACGAGCAGAGCAUCAACGAGAUGAUGGCCUCGCAGGCGCUGCGUCUGGACGAGGCCCAGGAAGCCGAGUGCCAGGCCCUGAGGCAGCAGCUGCAGCAGGAGAUGGAGCUGCUCAAUGCCUACCAGAGCAAGAUCAAGAUGCAGACCGAGGCGCAGCACGAGCGCGAGCAGCAGAAGCUGGAGCAGAAGGUGUCGCUGCGCCGGGCUCACCUGGAACAAAAGAUUGAAGAGGAGCUGGUUUCCAUUCAGAAGGAGCGAACCGACCGUAUCAAGCACCUCCUGGAGCGUCAGGAGAGGGAGACCGACAGCUUCGACAUGGAGAGCAUGCGGCUGGGCUUCGGCAACCUGGGCACCCUGGACCUCCCCAAGGACGACUACAGAUGAGGGGCUGCUGUCAACGCCGCCGUCUGCCGUAGUCCCCCCUAAUCCCCCCGCCGCCCACCCCCCCGGGGCGUCCGUCUGCCUCAGUACACCCCUCCUCCUCCUCCUCCUCCUCCUCCUCCUCCUCCUCCUCCUCCUUUUACCUGACAGUGCAGGUGUCCACUGCUGCUGACGCCCUCACACAAACACAAAAAAAUACUCCAGAAUCAGCUCCGGUGUGUUUUCUGGGCCGAGUCAGACCGUGUCGACGGCAGGUUUUAGUGCCCCCUCCUCCUCCUCCUCCUCCUCCUCCUCUUCCUCCUCCUCCCCCCCCCCCCUCCCUCCUUGCCUCUCAUGGUGUCACAAGAUGACAAAAAAAUAUGCUGGAUAACUUCCUGUAGUUGUCAUGUUUUUGUAAGAAUAAUGCAACCUGGUCUCACAGGAAUCCGUGAAAUAGCCACGGAUUCGCUUAACUCAAAAUCCGUGGAAUAGCCACGGAAUCACUCAAAUUUCACGGAUUUCGCUACAAUGCAAGUUAAUGACAGUCAUAUCCCGUGGCUAUUCCAACAUACAAAAUGAUUAUGUACAUUCACUGAGUGAAUAUUUAGAAAAUAAAACAUAUAUUUCUCGCUAGAAAUGUGAUCAAAAUCCAUUUUUAUGCAGAAACUAAGUCAAAAUAUUGAUUUUUUCACUAAAAAUGAGAGAACUGUCCGCCAUGUUUUUUGUUCUGACCGCUGGGACCUUGAAAGUCACGUGACUUGGAACAAACCAAUAGGAAAAGCGGGAUAUGACUGUCAUUAACUUGCAUUGUAGCGAAAUCCGUGUCAGUUUCACGGAAAUUUGAGUGAUUCCGUGGCUAUUCAACGGAUUUUGAGUUAAAGCGAAUCCGUGGCUAUUUCACAGAUUCCUGUGAGACCAUGUUGGAAUAAUGAUAACAUAGUCACGGUGUUUCUUGUUUCUCGUGCAAUGAUGACACUUUUGUUGUGACUAAAAACAGUGGAAGACAAGAGAAGGAGGGAGAGAAAAACGAGGGCAGUCGGACGACGAGCGACAUCGCUCCACGAAACAUUUUUGCAUUUCUUUUUUUUUUAUUUUAUAGAGGUGAUUCAUUCAUUUUUGGGUUAGUUUUGGUUUCUUUUUGGUCUCAAACGGUGCAAAAAAAAAAUCUCACAAAGCGAUAAAUCAAAUCCUUUUGCAGUCUUUUGGUAUUUAUUCAUCAGGACAUUUUUAUGACAAAUUUGAAUUAUUUGAUACUUUGAGACACAAAUAUCAUGUACAUACAGGUACGCUUCGAAUAAAUGUGACGGGUGGAUUUGAUUACUGAGGGGAGGGUGAAUCAUGGUACUCAACGUGUAUCGUACUGAUUUCUCUGCACUGGCAGCCAAUGUGAAUAAUAAUAAUAAUAAUAAUAAUAAUAAUACACGUGAACUCCAACUCCCAGCUAGCACAAAGGGCUUCAUGGGGGGGCGGGGGGGGACUUGUACUUUGUGUAUAGAAGGAUUUAUGGAGAGCUUUUACUUAUUUUCGUAUUGUAUUUUAACUGUCACUCAAAUCAAAAAAAAGAAUUUUUAAAGGCGCUUUUUUUCCCUCCCCCCUCCUCAGAUAGUAUUUGAGGUUCAGUCAUGUAUCAAUGGGAUUUUCAUCAGAUUUUUCUCUUUUUUUUUUCGCUUUACACAACUUCCCAAGCUGUGUAUUUUCUUAUAAACCAGACCAGUAUGAUGCUUUAUUAUUGCAUGCACUUUAAUUUUUUUUCCAGGUUAAAAGAAAGCAUGAUUCUGUCAGAGCUUUUAAUUAUAUUUGUAAAUAAAGUGCUCAUCACACAAA